AUCCAAAAUAUGUUUAUUUAUACCCAUCGUCUCCCUGCCCUCCAAACACCCCAUUGUGUUAACCAGAGGUAAUCUCUCAGACAACCAAAUCAUUUCCUCACGAGCGAGACACCAUGUCUGGACCUCUAUCUCCAAAACCAGUGUCCGGUUCGUUGAAGAAGAAAGCAAUGAAUGCCUCUGCCAAGUUGAAAAAUUCUUUGUCAAGAAGGGGUAGAAGAAGCAGUAAAGUCAUCGCUGUGGAAAUCGGUGAUGUGCACGACCCGGAGGAGUUGCUGGCUGUUGAGGCCUUCCGUCAGGCACUCAUAUUGGAGGAGCUUCUUCUUUCCAGGCACGAUGAUUAUCACACAAUGCUUAGAUUCUUGAAGGCUAGGAAAUUCGAUAUCGAGAAAACCAAGCAAAUGUGGGCAGACAUGCUCCAGUGGAGGAAGGCAUUUGGUGCUGACACAGUUAUGAAGGAUUUUGAAUUCAAGGAACUCAAUGAAGUCCUGGAAUAUUAUCCCCAAGGACAUCAUGGAGUGGACAAAGAUGGAAGACCUGUGUACAUUGAGAGACUAGGCAAAGUAGAUCCCACCAAGCUAAUGCAAGUCACAACCAUGGACCGGUACGUGAAAUACCAUGUCCGAGAGUUUGAAAGAACAUUUGAUGUCAAGUUCCCAGCUUGCUCAAUUGCAGCAAAGAAGCACAUUGAUCAAAGUACAACCAUCAUGGAUGUGCAAGGGGUGGGACUUAAAAAUUUCAACAAAGCUGCCAGGGAGCUUAUCACACGGCUUCAGAAGAUUGAUGGUGACAAUUAUCCUGAGACCUUGAACCGCAUGUUUAUUAUCAAUGCUGGUGCUGGUUUUCGAAUGUUGUGGAGCACCGUGAAGUCCUUCCUUGAUCCCAAGACAUCAGCGAAGAUUCAUGUCCUUGGCAAUAAGUACCAGAGCGAUUUGCUUGAUAUAAUUGAUGCUAGUGAGUUGCCAGAGUUUUUAGGAGGCACAUGUACUUGUGCCGAUCAAGGAGGCUGUAUGCGUUCUGAUAAGGGACCAUGGAAGGACCAGGAGAUAUUGAAGAUGGUCCAAAAUGGUGAUCAUAAGUGUUCAAGGAAACUUGGAACUCAAGUCACUGAAGAGAAGGGAGGUGAUCAAGCUCCCGUGCACCAAAUUAAGCACACUCAACCUUCACCAAUCAUAUCCGUGACCAAAAGUUGCCUAGAAUCUUACAAGUACGAGGACUCUGCCUCAAUGGUUGAUAAAACUGUGGGUUCAACUAGGCGAAUGGUGGUGCGGAACGGCGAGUUUGACAAAUUUGCCUUCUCCGAACCAGCAGAUUGUGUCGCCAAAUCUGAUGCUAGCGAAUCUCCUGAUGGGUUGGGCUUUCGGAUUUUGAGUGGUGUUAUGGCAUUUAUUAUUGGUAUUAGCAACAUGCCAAAGAAGCUCACUGAUUCUACCUUCUACUCCAGCGCCUUUCACUGUGAUGAUGAUGACACAAUGUGCAAACGCCAGGCGCCUUCACAGCCUGACAAUAUCUUUGAUGCAGAUUUCAAGUCUUUCAUGAAGCGCAUGGCUGAAGUGGAAGAGAAAGUUAGCGCUUUGAGCACGAAACAAGCAAACAUGCGACCUGAGAAGGAGAAAAUGCUGAAUGAUACUUUGGGCAGGGUUGAUGUUUUGGAGCAAGAGCUAAUGGCAACAAAGAAGGCUUUGGAGGAGUCACUUUCCCGACAAGAAGAGCUCUUGGCACAUCUUGACAAGAAGAAGAAGAAGAAAUGUUUCCACUGGUGAAGGGAGAAAAGAUGCUUAUGAUUUGGGGAGAUUCACUAUUGUAUCCAAUAUAGGAGCCCAAAUUAUAAAAAAAUUCUAUAUGUAAUGAACUUUAGAAAUAC